CGGACCCGGAAACGGAAAUCUUGGGACGAAGGUCGCACGGCCGAGCGAUUAACUUCUAAUUACUUAUCCUGAGGAAGAAGCCAGGAAGAGGAGGAAGAGGAAAGAUAAGGAGUCAGGAAUGGCUGUUUCUCAGGAACAGUUGACCUUCCAGGAUGUGGCCGUAGAAUUCUCGGAGGAGGAGUGGGCCUGCCUGGACCCUGCUCAGAGGGCCUUUUACGUGGACGUGAUGCUGGAGACCUAUAGGAACCUGCUCUCUUUGGAUACCUCUCAUAUCCAUGGGAUGCGGAAAUUACAGCCAACAGUAAACAAUGACAGAGGAGAUGUAUUCCAAACAGGGACGUUGGAAAAUCAGGAAAGCCAUCACAUGAAACACUUUUACGUCCCAGAAAUACAGGAAGAUAUGUAUGACUUUGGGUGCCAGUGGCAGGAUGGUGAAAGAAAUUAUGAAGUGAUGCCUAGAACCCAGAAGGAAAAUGUAACUGACACAAGAGAGAGACAAGGCAAUUGGAAUGCAGUAAAGAAGCCUCUUGGAAACGGGCUGGCCUUAAGCUUUCAGGAUGAACUGCGUAUAUUGAAGAAGGAUAUUUACACAUGCAAGGAGUGUGGCAAAUCCUUUAACCACGGCUCAUCCCUCCGUAGACACCAGAUAAUCCAUACAGGCGAGAAGUCCUACGAGUGUGGUGUGUGUGGCAGUGUUUUCCACCGGAAAUCCCACCUGGCACGUCAUUGGACAGUUCACACCCGUGAGAAAACCUACAAGUGUCAUGAAUGUGGCAAAGCCUUCAAUCAUGGCUCUUCCCUCCGUAGGCAUCAGCUCAUCCACACAGGCGAGACAUUGUAUAAAUGCGACGUAUGUGGCAAAGUGUGCAGUCAGCACGCCUCCCUUAGACGUCAUCAGCGAGUUCACACCGGAGAGAGACCCUACCAGUGUCCCGAGUGCGGCAAAACCUUUAACCGUGGCUCCCACCUCGCCACCCAUCAGCUCGUCCACACGGGAGUGAAAUUAUGUAAAUGCGAUGUGUGCGGCAAAGUCUUCAGUCAGAAUUCAUGCCUUAGAAUUCACCGCAGAAUCCAUAAUGGAGAGAAACCUUACAAAUGUCGCGAAUGUGGUAAGGCCUUUCGGCAAAAUUCGCACCUUGGACGACAUCAGAGAAUUCACACCGGGGAGAAGCCCUACAGAUGUGGUGAAUGUGGCAAAGUCUUCAGUCAGCAUUCCAAUCUUGCAGGUCAUCAGAGAAUUCACACUGGAGAGAAGCCUUACACCUGUCAAGUAUGUGGCAAGGUCUUCAGCCAAAAUUCCAACCUUGCCAGUCACCAGAGAAUUCAUACCGGAGAGAAGCCCUACCAAUGCAAUGAGUGCGGCAGGUCCUUUAACCAAAAGGCAUACCUCGCAAAGCAUCAGAGGGUUCACGAUGACGAGAAGUCUCACACGUGUCGUGUGUGUGGCAGGGUCUUCAGUCGCAAUUCCAACCUUGUCAGUCAUCAGAGAAUUCAUACCGGAGAGAAGCCCUACCAAUGCAAUGAGUGUGGCAGGUUCUUUUCUCAAAAGCCAAACCUUGGAAAGCAUCGGAGAGUUCAUACUGGACAGAAACCCUUCAAAUGUAAUGACUGUCUGAGAGCGUUCACUCAGAGCUCCUACCUUGCCAUCCACCAGAGAAUUCACACUGGGGAGAAGCCGUACAAAUGCAGCGACUGCGGCAAGGUCUUUAGUCAAAACUCCUACCUGGCGAAGCACCGCAGAAUUCACACUGGAGAGAAGCCGUACAAGUGUCACGAGUGCGGCAAGGCCUUCAGUCAAAAAGGAAACCUGGCGAGUCACUGGAAGAUCCACACGGGGGAGAAGCCGUACAAGUGUCACGAGUGCGGCAAGGUCUUCAGUCAGAGAUCGACCCUGGUGAGCCAUCAGAUAAUCCACACCGGCGAGAAACAUUACAGGUGCAACGAGUGUGGCAAAACCUUUUAUUUUGCCUCGCACCUCAUUCAGCACCAAACCAUCCACUCGGGAGAUAAGCCCUAUAAAUGCGACGUGUGCGGAAAAGUCUUUGGCCAGAACUCCUACCUUGCCAUCCAUCGGCGGAUUCACACGGGCGAGAAGCCCUACCAGUGCCAAGACUGCGGCCGAAUCUUCAAUCACAGCUCCAACCUCAAGCGACAUCGGAUAACCCACACCGGCCAGAAACUGUGCAAAUGCGAUGUGUGCGGCCGAGUCUUCAGCUACAACUCCUACCUUACAAUCCACCAGCGCGUGCACACAGGCGAGAAGCCUUACAAGUGUCACGCCUGCGGCAAAGUCUUCAAUCGGAAUUCAAAUCUGACCAUCCACCAGCGGGUCCACACCGGGGAGAAACCGUACGCGUGUUCUGAGUGCGGCAGCUGCUUCAGUCGCAAGGCCUACCUCACAAAGCAUCAGAGUGUUCACACUAAGCCCAGACCUUGUGCAGGUAAAGACUGUUGAAACGCCCUCCCUCAGCUCAGCCCUCACUGCACACCCGGUAACACGUAUAACGGGGUCCAUAUUAACGUGAUGUAUGGGGGGGAGGCCAUCCUUCAAAAUCGCCCCUUCCUUUUUUUUAAUAUUUAUUUCUGUGGAUUUUUUGCUGUGGCAUGCAGCAGCGUGAUGUGGCCUCUUAGUUCCCAGACCAGGGACUGAACUCUGGCCACAGGGCUGAGAGCGCUGAGUCCUAACCACUAUAUGUACAGAGAACGCCCAACGUUGACACUGCCGCUCUCUUUUUUUUUUUUUUUUUUUGGCCCAUGCCCUCGGCUGUAGACGUUUCUGGGCCAGGGGUUGAAACCACGCCGUAGCAGGGACCCAGAGCCACAGCGGUGGCAAUGCCAGCUUUUUAACCUGCGGAGCCACCAGGGAGCUCCCAAAAUUAACACUUCAGAUUCAUGGGAGCUUCAUGGUGGGGAGGUAUUAUGCAAAUGCCGCAAGUGUGGCCAAGCCUCACUUACCAUCAGAUAAUCCACACUGGGCAGAAACCGUAAAAAUAUAUUCAUGCAUUGAAUGUGUCACAGUCUUUUUUUGUUUGUUUGU